AUGGCGUUCUUUCUGGAGGAGGUGAUGACUUGCACCAAGCGUCUCCUGGAGGUGAUAUCUGGCUGGCUGCCUCGCCACUUUUUCGGUGCAAUCCUGGUUUCUCUCCCAGCUCUUGCAGUUUUUUCACACUUCACCUCUGAUUUUGAAACAAAUAUACAUUACACCAUGUUUAUGUGUUGCGCGAUUCUGAUCACCAUUGUGCAGUACUGUAACUUCUGCCAGCUUAGCUCCUGGAUGAGAUCUCUGUUGGCAACCGUAGUAGGAGCAGUGCUUCUCAUUCUGCUCUACGUCUCCUUGUGUCCAGACAGCUCUGUGGAAACUUUUCAUCUAGAUUUGGCACAGAACUUUAGCUCCAGAAGAAGUCCGUGCAACAGUUCGGUGCCAAAUGAUAUGAAGAGGCCAGCAGACCUAAUCGGUCAGGAAGUGAUUUUGGUUUCCUUCCUUCUACUCCUCCUGGUCUGGUUUCUGAAUCGAGAGUUUGAGGUCAGUUACCGCCUCCACUACCAUGGAGACGUGGAGGCCGAUCUUCACCGCACCAAAAUUCAGAGCAUGAGGGAUCAAGCUGACUGGUUGCUGCGGAAUAUUAUUCCCUACCACGUGGCCGAGCAGUUGAAGGUUUCCCAGAGCUAUUCCAAAAACCACGACAGCGGCGGAGUGAUCUUUGCAAGUAUUGUGAACUUCAGCGAGUUCUAUGAAGAGAACUACGAAGGAGGCAAAGAGUGCUACCGAGUCCUGAAUGAAUUGAUUGGGGAUUUUGAUGAGCUGCUGAGCAAACCGCAUUACAGCAGCAUUGAGAAAAUCAAAACAAUUGGGGCAACCUACAUGGCCGCUUCAGGACUGAACACCUCGCAGUGUCAGGACAACAACCAUCCCCACGGACAUUUGCAGACCCUUUUUGAAUUUGCCAAAGAAAUGAUGCGAGUGGUGGAUGACUUCAACAACAACAUGCUGUGGUUUAAUUUUAAACUUAGGAUUGGCUUUAACCACGGCCCCCUCACCGCUGGGGUCAUCGGCACCACCAAGUUGUUGUACGACAUUUGGGGUGACACUGUGAACAUUGCUAGCAGAAUGGACACCACUGGCGUCGAGUGUCGUAUACAGGUGAGUGAGGAGAGCUACCGCAUCCUAAACAAGAUGGGGUAUGACUUUGACUAUAGGGGGACGGUCAAUGUGAAGGGGAAAGGUCAGAUGAAGACCUACCUUUACCCAAAAUGCAUGGACAAUGGGAUCGUGCCACAUCACCAGUUGUCCAUAUCUCCAGACAUUCGGGUUCAAGUGGAUGGCAGCAUUGGGCGAUCUCCGACGGACGAGAUCGCCAACCUGGUGCCUUCUGUACAGAAUUCUGAUAAGAUAGCCCACGGCACAGAUAACUCGGAAACCAAGGACAUCCUUCCUUCCACCAAGAAGCUCCAGAAAGACGUGGUGAGGGCAGAGGAGAGGUGCAGGUUUGGCAAAGCCGCGGAGAAGACUGACUGUGAGGAAGCGGGAACUGAGGAGGUCAAUGAACUGACAAAGCUAAAUAUCUCUAAGAGUGUAUGAUGCACUGUCGGAGUUGCAUGAAGUGCUCUGUCAAUAGAAACACAGACAUUUGCAA